CAGAAAGAACAAUCAAGUAACAUAGCUAUGUGUACUGUUGCUCUCGUGUAUCCUCUGUUGCUUCUCCGCUUCGUUCGUUUCAUUCUUGUGUGUGUGCUGGAGCAAGAAUAUUUUCAUAACAAAUCGAAGUCUGACUGUGGCGAUCGAAUUGACAGCUCUCACUGUUUCUGCGUGAAGAACAGUGCAGUUUUUGUGUUCUGAAUUUCAUAACGAUGCAAAAUAUCUAUUUUGAGUCGAAUUCAGACGAGAUUUUGAGUGUUCAUCAACACAUUUUUCUGGAUUGUGCUGUUGUAUUAGUUUUGCAUUUAAUUCGGUUGUGAUUUUUGACUAACAGGACAUUUGCAAAACGACAAGAGCACAAUAUUCGAAAUUCAGCAUUGCAUGGUCAGUUUGGUGUCAGAAUUCGUUGAGAUCAAAUUUGGUGAGCAUGAAGAGAAAGCGGGCCCAGAACGGGCGACCGAGAUCGGUCAAACUAUCGCUGAAUUCGGUUCUCCGGGAUCAAUAUCGCGCGAAUUUUGUGGCACAAGUCACCAAUUGGUGCCACACAGCCACCGUCAUCACCGUUUUGGCGUCAUUGUUGUUUCUCUUCGAGAACAACCGAGCAUUCGAUGAAGAUAACCAUGACUUCUUCAGAGGCAAUGGAUACGAAUUGAUCAAGGAUUGCUUCAAGAACAUUUUGAACGAGAACCGACACAAAUUGCCGUUGGCCUUCCGCCAAAUAAUCGAAACAGCAGUGCCAAACUUCCGAUGGCCACAACGUGAAGGCAUGGGAAACGCAUUCAAUCAGCUCAUUGAUCAAUACACCACCAAUGUCAAGAACAACAUCAAAACGUGGUGCUACACCCGUAUCAAAACGUUUUUCGUGCUGCAACGGUAUGAGCUCAAUUUGCUUGGCCAUAACAUCAGCGACAUCGAUGUGAAAAAUGCCACCAAAUCAGUUAUGUUCAACAAUAUAGUACCAAGUGCGAAUGUGGUGCGGCUGCUCGAGCAAGCGCGUAUGAUCGGAAUACCAGUCGGUACGAAGUUAUGUGAUCUCGUCCGUGGUAGUUGGUUCCAGACAAUACCGAUAUUCAUCACCAUUCAACGGCUAGUGUUCAACCACCAUGAAAGAUACGAGCUCUUGAAUGAUCUCUGGCGCCGAUAUUAUCGGGAUCGAUUACACAACGCCAUGCCAUCCAUUGCACGCCCACCGAAAAUAAAAAACUUUCGUGUAAUUCCGAUUCAUGACUUCAAGAUGAAGCACAUCCGGAUCGAUAUUCACCUGUUCUAUCAAAUGGCGCGCAAAUUGGGUGCCAUCAAGUUGGCAAAAGGAUUGUUUGGCCAGCCGGUUAACAUUUCGAAAAAGGUCUACGACAGCAAUCCAUUUGUGUCCUGGGACACAAUAUUCAACAUGGACAAGAUUCAGAAAGUCGGCAAUCGCAAGACAUUUGACUACACAAUCGUGACGGAUAGUGUGGCUGUUUCGUUGUGUUUCCUGAAGCCAGAAUGCCCCUCACACGAAUAUUCGCACGAGCAAAUCAACGAAAUGUACGAAAAUGGUGUUUUCCGCUUCGUGCUUGGCAUGGAUCCUGGUGUGCGAACCUGGAAUGUCACGGUGCGAAAACAUAUCGCAUCCGGUGUGGAAGAAAACAUCACGAUCGACGGUCCGAAAUACCAUUUUCGAGCGAAAUAUGGCAAACGAAAGCGCCAAUCGGAAAAAUGGCUACGAUUGUUCACCGAAUUGGAGCAACAUGACCGAAAUCAAUAUCCAUUCUAUCCAUCGCCCAAGGGAGCCUCAAAUUGGAUGAGUUACAUCGAACAUCGUGUGAAAAUGUUGCAGCCUGGAAUGGAGGUUUACACAGCACGCAAAUACAUUCGCCUCAAUCUCGAUAAACAUAUCGAGGAGACCCGUGCAAGUGAUACCAUCGCUGCUUUUUUGACCAGAAAAUUGCCAUCGCUCAUUUUCCUUGGUGCAGCUCAAAUGGCUCCAAAUUCGCCAAUUGGUAUUAAGAAACGGUUGCGGUGCCCUGGUACGGAGUACGGAAACUACUGAACAGCUUCAAGAAACUGCACAAUUGUGUGGUGGUGAUGGUUGACGAGUACAAAACAUCGCAGACGUGUGCAAAGUGCUUUCGGCCAUUUGAUCGACGUACAAAAAAGGACCGCUACAAAGUCUGCCGUCAGUGCAUUCCACAUGCAGCAAACAUCACGACUGACAAACACCUGAGCAGUGUGAUCAUCAGCAAGAAAAGCAACCGGUCGUAUCAACGAGAGCGACGACAUGUUGUUGCGGAAUAUGAACGAUUGAAUGUACAUCCAGUGUAUUCACAUGGUUUAGUGCCGAAACUCAAUGUAUGGUUCAAAAACUGGCAGCUAAACACUGAUAACACAUGGAACGAUUCACGUCAUCCACAUCAACAGAACACUGUUUGGCAUCGGGAUGAAGUCGCUGCCAAGUGCAUAUUGUACAAAGGUCUUUGUAUGAUAAAGGGCUUGGAUGUGCAUCCGCAACUGUCGAGACAACAUCAUGCAGUAGCUGCAGCCGCGCAGAACAAUGCCGAAGGCGACCAAGAUGACAACGAUAGCGACAGCGACGAUGAUUACGUUUACGUUCUCGACGACGUGUCCGAUGAAGAAUAGUUUUUAGUUGAUGUAGGAUUAAGUUUUCAAACAAUAAUAAUUGUAACUUUUUGUUACUUUGCUGGGCUUUGAGUAUUGUGGCCUUGUCCGAAGUACGGGGCUUAGUCGGAUCAUAUAAAAUACCUCGUAGAACAAGUUAUACUACUCGAAAACAGCGUUAUGUGUAUGCAUUUCCAUUCAGAUCUAAAAGACUUGUGCAAUUUGAUUUGAUUGGGUUUUCUGUUUUUUUUUGUGUGUGUGUGUGUAUGUGGGAACGAAAUUGAUUUGAUAAAUUUAUCAAAGAAUAGAAUUCUUUUUUUUUGGUGACAUUUUAAAAUGUGGAAAUGUCCAUUGGAAUACAAAAAACAAAUUCUCUUCAAAAAGUGUGUGCACAAAAUGGAAAUCACAUAGAAUCUUCUAAGAGACGCUGCUGAUCGACGAUUGAUAUGAUAAUAAUCACUAUAGUGAUAUAUAUUCAGAGGGGACAUUUUAUUUGAUACACUUUUUUUUUUAAAAAUAUAGUGUAAGUUUUUUUUUGCUUUCAAGAUCGAUAAAUGUUCUUCAUUAUUUUUAUUCAGUGAUGUCCAAUAUCGAACUCGGAUAUUGUGCAUCAGCAUCGUAAGUAAAUCUGCUCUGUUUUGAACUGUACGGAUAUAUGUGAUAGUUUCUUUCAAUAAAACCUGGAAUGUAUACAUAAAUUUAUGCUACUUAACACAUGAUUUUUGUGAUUAAUUGGAAAAAUAAAAGCGGAAACAAAAACUAUUCAAA